GAGCUUUCAGAACGACAGUAUGCAGAAGUGAACAGAGCUUGUUCAUUGUACAGGGUUAUUCUGCCUUCUGUGCUCCAAAGCAGCUUCGUAGCUGGAUUGGGUGCUAACUAUGAGAACUGCUGUGCUAUGGAAUACAGAUUUGUGAAUUCAUAUAGCUAAAGGUUGCUUGGAGGAAUCUAUCAUGCUUUUCUAUAAAGAGAGAUUUUAAAAGCCAGGUUUCUAACUGUAAAGAUGCAAAAACGUAAUAUCCAUGAAGAUCCUAUUACCUAGGAAGAAUUUGACAUUUUCCUGUGAAUGCUGUAUUGGGAUUUAUUUAUUCUUGGAGUGUUCUGCAUGGCUGGCAAAGAAUAAUGUUCCAAAAUCGGUCCAUCUCCCAAGGGGUCCAAUUUUUCUUCCUGGGUGUCAGCAAGCCCUGACUCACUAUAGUGCAGCUGACAGGGGCUGUCAUGCUUGUGGCACCCUAACCAAAAACAAAAGACCUAAGGACGACCUUUGAACAACACAAAGAAUGGGUAUGUUUUUUCAUGUUUUUUUUAUAUACAGUGCAUAGUCUCUGCAUAGACCCAGCUUCAAUUACUCUAUAGACCUACCUUGAUGUGAUGAUUUAUUAUUAUAGUUAAAUUGUCUAGGGAUUACAUUUUUAAACUUAUUUUACAAUAUAUACAAAGAUUUUUUAAUUGAGUAAAAAAAAAUAACAUACAGAGUAGUUGUCGAGCUAGGAAUUUUUACGAUUAUAUAAAUUAAUAUUUUAGCAUGAUUGGGAAAACAGUGACUGAUCUUUGGAGGGAUAACUUUUCUAAGCUGUUUUUAUUUCCAGGUUUCAAUGUAAUUAGGCUACUGAGCGGAUCAGCUGUAGCUCUGGUAAUAGCCCCUACUGUAUUACUGACAAUGCUUUCUUCUGCCGAACGAGGAUGCCCUAAGGGCUGUAGGUGUGAAGGCAAAAUGGUAUAUUGUGAAUCUCAGAAAUUGCAGGAGAUUCCCUCGAGUAUAUCUGCUGGUUGUUUAGGUUUGUCCCUUCGAUAUAACAGCCUCCAAAAACUAAAAUACAAUCAAUUUAAAGGUCUUAAUCAACUCACCUGGCUCUAUCUAGACCAUAACCACAUCAGCAAUAUUGAUGAAAAUGCUUUCAAUGGAAUACGCAGACUAAAAGAGUUGAUCUUGAGUUCCAACAGAAUCUCCUAUUUUCUUAAUAAUACCUUCAGACCUGUGACAAAUCUCCGGAAUUUGGAUCUGUCAUACAACCAGCUGCAGUCUCUGGGUUCUGAACAGUUCAGGGGGUUAAGAAAGCUGCUGAGUUUACACUUGCGAUCCAAUUCUCUAAGAACCAUCCCUGUUCGAAUAUUUCAAGAUUGUAGGAACCUUGAACUGUUGGACCUGGGUUACAAUCGGAUCCGAAGUUUAGCAAGAAAUGUCUUUGCAGGCAUGAUCAGACUGAAGGAGCUUCACUUGGAGCACAAUCAAUUUUCUAAGCUCAACCUGGCACUUUUUCCAAGGCUAGUCAGCCUUCAAAACCUUUAUUUACAGUGGAAUAAAAUCAGUGUGAUAGGACAAACGAUGUCCUGGACCUGGAGCUCAUUACAAAGGCUUGAUUUAUCUGGCAAUGAAAUAGAAGCUUUCAGUGGACCUAGUGUUUUUCAGUGUGUGCCCAAUUUACAGCGCCUCAACCUGGAUUCAAACAAGCUCACAUUUAUUGGUCAAGAAAUUUUGGAUUCUUGGAUAUCCCUCAAUGACAUCAGCCUUGCUGGGAAUAUAUGGGAAUGCAGCAGAAACAUUUGUUCCCUUGUAAACUGGCUAAAAAGUUUUAAAGGGCUGAGGGAAAAUACAAUUAUCUGUGCCAGCCCCAAAGAGCUGCAAGGGGUGAAUGUUAUUGAUGCAGUGAAAAACUACAGCAUCUGUGGAAAAAGUACUACAGAGAGGUUUGAAUUAGCAAGAGCUCUCCCAAAGCCAACAUAUAAACCAAAACUCACCAGGCCUAAACAUGAGAGCAAGCCCCCUCUGCCUCCAACUAUAGGAGCUACUGAAUCCAGCUCAGAACCUGAGCAUGACACUGAACACAUCUCCUUUCAUAAAAUCAUAGCAGGGAGUGUAGCCCUUUUCUUGUCUGUGCUUGUGAUCCUGCUGGUAAUCUAUGUGUCAUGGAAGCGUUACCCAGCCAGUAUGAAGCAGCUGCAGCAGCGUUCUCUCAUGAGAAGGCACAGGAAAAAGAAAAGACAGUCACUGAAGCAAAUGACCCCGAGUACGCAGGAAUUUUAUGUAGAUUACAAACCUACCAACACUGAAACCAGUGAGAUGCUGCUGAAUGGAACAGGACCCUGCACGUAUAACAAAUCAGGCUCCAGGGAAUGUGAGAUACCUUUAUCUAUGAAUGUUUCAACAUUUCUAGCAUACGACCAGCCAACAAUAAGUUACUGUGGCAUACAUCAUGAACUUCUCUCUCAUAAGCCCUAUGAAUUGAAUGCACAGGAAGAAACAAUGGAAACACACCUAGAGACUGAUCUGGAUUUGAGCACAAUAACAACAACGGCAAGAAUCAGUGAACACAAUCAGCCACUGGCGUAACUUAUUUUACUUGUAGCAGAAAGCUGUAAUCAAACUUGAAGUAAGAUGAAGUACAAAAUAAUGGAAACAUUCUGAUAUGGAUUCUAAAAUCCCUAUUCGAUCAAAAGAAGAACCAAGAGUUGCAGAUGAGGACAUGAAUUGUUUCAAGUCUACAAUUCGUAAUUAGCUAAGUUGUGCAGUAUUUUUUGACUUAAAGCAGAGUAUGACCCUUAAAGUGAAUCUUUUUUCAAAACUCAUCCUACCUACCUGUAAAUCUGUACAGAUGUAAUGUAUUUUUCAUAUUGUAAAGUUUCAAUUACCAAGAACAGCUGGUAUGUACAGUACCAUAAUUUAAUUACAUCUUACUUUACAAAUUUCAGUUUCGAAAGUUUUAAAUUAACAAAAGUUAUUUCUUGUGUUAUUCAGUUAUGUUGUUUUGUAGGGACUGUUUUGUUACUGCUUUUGUGCCCAGAAAACUUUACUCUAAAAUUCUGUGCUGUGCAGAACAUGAUUUUUACCAUGCUUACUGCGUAGAAUUUUAUCUACUUGUUCCAGAAAUAAUACAUUAACCAAAAGGAUGGUUUAAUUGUUCAAGCUUGUGAGCGAUUCUUCAAUACGUAGACAAGUUUUCUUAUAAAUGAAAACUCAAAGAAUUUUUUUAACAGUUCUUCUCAGACUUAACUGAUGCCUUGAAUUACAGCCUGAUUUCUAAAGCAGUGAAAUGUAAUGAUAAAGAGGGAUAUUUUAACAACACAUUUCUGAAUGAAUGGCUCAUUAUUUUAUUCUUUUGUGUAGUAUUGUAUUAAAGAAAAAAUGAACUGUGGACAACGCUACAAUGGAAACAAAGGCAGUAACCACAGCAAUGAGGUUUCAUACCCUUAGAAGAUGCAGCUAUUAAUUGCCAAGGAUAAAGUUGUAUUAAGUCUCAUUGCAAUUCAUCAUCAAGUGGGUGGGUAGUCAUAAGGUAGUCAGCUAUCUCUACAAGGUUUUCUCUAAAAGAAAUACCUGCGAACUCAGGCAUCUCUGAAUUUUAUUUAAAAGUUUCAUCUGUAAAUGUUAGAAACCAUUUGAAAAACCAUCUUGAAGAAGACAAGGUUCUUUGGGUAAAUGUGAUAUAUUUUAUUAGACCAACUAAAUAAUUGGAAAAAUUGUUCUUUGCAAGCUUUUGGGCACAAACACCCUUCUUCUUGAAGAAGAUGCACAAAAAACUUAAGUGAUUUUCUUCUUACCCACAACAUAGCAUUUUGAAUAUGACAUUAAAAUUUCACAAGUAGGGCAUUAGGGCCAAACUCUACUUCUAUUAAAGUCAAUUGCCAUUGACAUCAGUGGGGACAGGAACAAGCCAUCAAACAGUAAUCUCUCCCUGGUGCGUACAGUUAAACUACUCCUAGCACUUAAAAUAUUUCUCAAAAGGUGAAAAACUAACCUUUUUUAAAAAAUAUGCAUUAAUCUGGAAAACAAAAAGGUAAAAAUUAAUAGUCUCUUAAUAUUAUGGUAGUUCAAUUUACCAAAAAAAUCUUUAAAUAUUAAAAUAGUAAUAUUAAAUCUAUAGCAAAUCAUAUCCUCUUUUGAUUUAACUAGCAUUUGAUCUUUGCAUUGAAGAAUUCUUAUAUUUUAUUCUUUAAGUUUUAAAGCUUCAAAAUCUCUUCUAAUACCAUAUUAAGAUAAAUUUAAUUAUUGUAUACUCACACCAUAAUCAUGAAAAAUUACAUAAAUCAGAAAAUCCAUUCGCCAUGCUGACUGGUUAAAAUUAGGAAGGGAAAUAUGUGGCUUUCAAAAGUUGAGACAUGAGUUUCAUAUAGUACUAGCAACUUUUUUAUAAUAAAGAAAAAAUAUAUAACCAUAAAUCUAUUUUUCUGAAUGUUUCUCCCACUAUAUUUUAGUGUUGCUUCAAGCAUAAAACUGAAAUUUAAAAUUGCAGUUCAGUUAUUUGUACAAAAGUAUAAGGCAACUAUUAUAAGAAAAAAUACCUUCAGAAUAUUGUUAACAAAGGAAUUUGCAUUCACUAUCUUUUAAAUGGAAAAAAAUUG